AUGUCUUUGGGAAAAGUUGAAGAAGUUUUGACGCCUGAAGUCCUGGAGUGUGAAAGCGAAGAGAAGUUUGUAAAAUCUCUGGACGACUUUAUUGAACACGAGAAGCAGUACCUCAAGUGUCCGCAGGAGGGCCCCAGUGAGCUGCGCUACGUCCUGUACCGCUCCGUCUUCAACAAGCUGAUUGUGCGCUCCUCCUCCUAUAAGAGAAUCCUGCUGAGUAUAAAGACAGAGUAUGAUAGUGUUAUUAGGGCAAUCGAUCAGAAGCUGGAGGAGAGCAGAAUUUCCCAGGACACAGUGAAGGCCUCACGUCCCCAGCCCCGGUCCAUAGACGCCUGUGAGAGGCGAGCAGCCAGCCUGAGAGACAGAAUCUCAGUUUUACAAAAAGAAAAUGGCCAACUUCAGCAAGAGAUUGACAGACAAAAGUCGCUGAGGGAACAGAGCAUGUGGAUACAAGGGCUGACAGUGGCUGAGUCAGAGGAUCUGGAGCUCCUGGAGAAACAUCUGGCCCAUUUGCAGACCAGGAGACAGGCGCUGCUGGAGAGGAGGAGCCAGUGUGUGUGUGAGGAGGUCAGGACCAGGCUGAGCACAGAGCAGGACGCCAGGGAGUCGUGGAGAGAUAGCAUGGAAGACGACAACACAAAGCUCAAACUACUAUACAAGCGUCUCAGGUGUGUGUACGACCACCUGUGCAGCUGGAGAGAGGGGGGACAGCGCCCUCCACUGGAAGAGCUGCUACAGUCAGUGACAGAGGAAGUCACACACACCACAGUUGCAGAGGACGACCUUCUGAGCAUAGACACAGAGCUGUUGGAGAGUGAGGAGCCGACUGGGGUGAACGAGUCCGAGUACCUCACAGAGUACCUGGACAGGUUUGUCGAGCUGUUUGACUCCGCCCAGUAUGAAGAAGCAGCUCAGCAGGCUGCCCACUGUCCCAGAGGACUUCUGAGGAACCUCCACACCCUCAACAUGUUUAAAGCUGUGACAGCCCCUCCGGACUCGCCCCCUCCCCUCCUGCUCUUCUUCCUCUCGCUUGUCACCACCACACCAGUUGGACAGAGACUACCAGAGUCUGUCUCCUAUGAAGGCGUCCGCUGUGCUCUGGAGCAAGGCCACUGGCAGCUUCUAACUCACGCACACAACUUUGAGAAACUGACGAGCUCUGAGAGGCUGGGGGACGUCCUCACUGAGCAUGCUCAGAAGAAUCCUUCUGUUUAUCUCUCAGACAUGUUACUGGCCCUGGCCUCUGAAAACUACAGAGUGUCUGGGGCCCACAGAAAGCUGUGUCUGAGCAUGUGCAGAAGAGGACUGACCCACAGCGCAGUGGAGCUGAUGAGACGCUCUGAGGACCUCACAUCAGAGGACUACCUGUGGGUGUUCAGACAGCAGCCCAGCCUGUGUCUGCUGAAGCUGCUGACCAGGCCUGAGGGGGGCGGAGCCAUGUUGUCUGUGGGUGUGGUCUGUGUGGCUCUGCUCUCUGACUCUCAGCUUCAAGAGUUUUCUGUGCAGCUCCUGGACAGUUUAGACAGGACAGGACCAGGUGUACUGGAGGCAGCCAUACUGCAGGACAGUUUCAGUACAGUGGAGGAGUGGAGUGAGAUCGCAGCAGUGUGCUCCACAGUGCAGCGCUCUGACCUGGCUCACACCAUCAGGUCUGUGCUGCUGAGUCAGAGUGGGACCGGAGUCCUGUCCUCAGACCCAGAGGGAGCCCUGCUCACCCAGCACAUCUACAUGUGACUCUCAGGUACACAGGACA